CCCUACAUUGCAGUCAACUAUAAAUGACAGCCAUUUCCUCUGUUUAAUCACCCUGAUCCACGCUGGUUAAUCACAAUCUCAAUACACAAUGAAUCCUGACUCCUCCUGCAACUCUCGACUUGCUCGAGGCAAAGUCCCCCCAACUCUCCUUCCAAACCACAACAUUGACUUUUCCAAACCAUUCACCCCACGAAAUCGACGUUUCGGGCUGCUCAGCUCAGACCACGAAAAGCCGCUGCCAACGCCUCCUCCUCGCCCACCUCAUCUGCCGGCUCCACUGCAACCGUCUCUACUAUCAGCUCCACCAACUCCACCCAGCAUGUUUGAUCCACGAUGGGAGCUCCAGUUCCCAUCAACCUUGAUUUACUAUAACCAUGACAACGGGAACCCGUGGAUGAAGGGCAUUGAACGGCACCAAACUGCUGCUGCUUAUUGGCAGCAGGCUUAUCACACUACGUGUGCCGACCUGUCUGAGGCUGUAUACCUGCUCCAAUGCCGCAUUUCCGACUUAGAAGAGCGCUUCGCAGACAAGAAGCAGGUAUGUCCGGCUCAGCCACAUGCACUAAGUUCUGAUGUAUUAACGAUAAAGACCAAGGAAGAAUGGCGGCCUAUUAGUCCUUCUACUCCGACCGCAAUCAAGUUGCCAAAUGAUGUCCAGGGCAAUUUCGUCUGAAGUGCUGGAGAAAGUUUGCGUUUGUCAGUCGUUACUAGAUGCGUAGUUCUGAUAGUUUCUGAAUGCUUGAAUGAGAUUUCCACAUGCCACACAGCUUGUUCCUCACCAAAAAUUGACGUGACAUUCCAGAAUUAAGGCUUAUAGCAGAUUCGGAACGUAACGAAAGCACCGAAUUUCCAGACACAG